CGGCUGCUCGAUCAGUUUGCACCGCUCCAGACAAUGGUCUGAGACUCCACAAUCUGCUGCUGGACGAUCGACGGGAUACAUAGGAGAAGAAAAUAUCACUAAUACCUUUGCAUAUAGCUGCUGAGCUGCAUCACCUUGAAAAGUGGCACCAUGGAUGAAGAUGAUUUACUUCCUUGUGUGGUGAACAUCCCAGGCUCCCGACAUGCAAGCAUGAAUGUGGUUCUUGGCUGUGACAACAAUGCUGUCCUUCAUGCGGUCGACUAUGGAGCCAAAGCUGGAGCCAUGGAGAAGUCUGACGUGGCCCAGGGCGGCACCUGCGUGCGCGAGGUGUUCUGGAGCAGCGGCCAGUUCCCCGCCUGGUGGCGGCAGCUGGCCAACGAGUCGGCCGGCGUGUUCUUGGACGCGCAGGCGUUUGAGCUAACUGGCGACGAGACGGCGCUGCGCCAGAGCCUUCUGAAGCUCAGUCGGCGCUACAGGUCGUGUCUGCGGGCCAGCAUGGAGACGGUGUCGGCGACGGACGCGGCCGAUGCGGAGAUGCAGCGUCAGCUCCUGGACAGCAUGGAGAUGAUCUGGCACCUCUGCGAGAUCCUCCUCAUCGAAAAGAAGCGAGGGGGCGUGGUGCUGUACCAGCUGCUGGACUGGGUGCGCCAGCACGCCACACAGUUCGACAGGGCCGCCGCCCACGUCACCGAGGCAGAGGUGCCAGAGAGCCAUCCCGAGUACUGGAACACGGUAUACGGCUUCGUGCUGCAGGGGCGGCAGGACGCGGCGCGGAAGCUGCUGCGCCUGCACGGCAGCUUCGGCACGGAGCCGUUCGUCAGCGCCGACGAGCUGCUGCGCAAGACGCCGGCGGGCGGCGAGGCGAGCGUGGCCGGCUUCGAACUACGCUGGCGCGGCUGGCAGGAGCAGUGCAUCCGCCGCCUGGAGGACGGCGAGUUCGGCUUCAGCCCUCGCCUCCAGACGCUGGUCAAGAUUCUCUGCGGCGACGCUCCGACCUUCGAGGACCUGUACAAGCAGAUGGGUUCCUGGUACCACCUCAUGGUGUCCUACACCCUGUACUCCCGGCCCUGGGUGGGCAUCUCCGACCUCAGGGACGCGGCCGAGGACCAGCAUCGAGGGACGGCGCCCGGCUGGCGCUCCUGCCUCGAGCGGCUCGACCCCGACUCCGACCGGCGCGCACGCAAGAUCAUCGAGGUGUCAGAGGAGUGCCUCGUCCGCGACGUCGGCCAGGUGGCCGAGCGGCGCGGCCUGACCGAGGUGGCCAGCUCGGUGGCGCAGGUGAUGGGCCGGCGCGCGCUGCGGGCCGGCCAGCUGGGCACGGCGCUGGCCUGGGCGCUGCGCUCGGACAGCACGGCGCUGGCCUCGCGGUUAGCCGACACGCUGGUGCGCGAGUACAGCGGCACCGGACAGUUCGCCAGCGCCGACUUCAUCGACAACCUCGGCGCCUGUAUCCUGAAGAGCGACCGGCUCAUGUUUCUCGGUAAAUACCGUGAGUUCCAUCGGCUCUAUGAGGAGGGUAAGAUGGCAGACGCUGCCUCUCUGCUCGUCACACUGCUCACGUCACAGCUGGCACCCAAAUACUUCUGGAUGACGCUGCUGCUGGAUGCCGUGCCGCUUCUGAAGGGCGAGGAGGUGGUCAUAUCGUCCGCACAGACAUACGACCUGAUCGGCUGCGUGGAGCAGCUGAGGCGGGCUGAAAAACUGGACGAAGACUCGGCCGACGUGAAGCUGAUCCGUCUCGCGCUCUCCCACAACCUGGCGCAGGCCAUCAUCGUCGAGGGCUCGAGCGCCGGCUGAGGCCCUGUUGACGCGGUCGCCAUCGUCCAGCCGUGCGUUUGUAAGAAAAUACAGUACA